AUGGAGUCUCUAAACGAGAGAGAGAAACGACGAAAGUUGGAUACUUUCACAAGAGAAUACGAACCCAAUAAGAUAGUUGAAGAAGGCACCAAGGCGGAUAAAGAAAAGGUUAAGGUAGAAAAUAUUCAAUUUGAUACAGACAGGGGUGAUCGAUAUUUGACAAUCCAGCAAUACGUGAAACCCAUCACCCCUUCCAUUCCAGAAACGGUGGAGGUUAAGAACUUAGCAUGGGACACAACAGAACGUGACAUACGCAAAUUCUUCUCUGAAUUAGUUAUAAACUCAGUGCAUUUGGGAAAACACAAAGAAACAGGAGAGUUUAAAGGGCACGCGCAUGUGGAUUUCAAGGAUAGUGUGUCUGUGGCCAUGGCGCUUAAGCUGGAUCAGCUGGUUAUCUCUGGAAGCCCUGUCAAGAUUAAUUGUGGUCUUGAAGAGAAAUCAGCAGGGGAUAAUAGUACUAAUCCUACACCUAAUGAAGCUAAUAACGGAAACUACGUUGCAAGGACGGUGCGUAGGGGUUUGACCAUAGCCAAGAAGUUUGUAAACAGGGGAAGUAGUAGAAGAGAUGGUAAAUUAAGAGUGGGACGAGAUACUCAGAAGAAGAAGAGGGUGCGUUAUGCUCCCAACUCUUUGAAGACUAAUAGUUUGUCCUUUGAUCCAGGAGCCAAGUGA